AUGCUUUGGAAACUCUACAUUAUUUCGAUUUAUCUCUAUGCGUUUAUAUCAAUUUGCGCUGAUGACAACGUUGACAAUGUAAACCACGACGAGGGUGUUAUCACAGUAUCGAAAUAUACUGGCAAUUUAUCAGAAGAACGAUUGAAGGCAAUGAACGAUAGAAUCACUGAUCUAAUAAAAGAGGAAUUUGCAAAAGAAGAACAAGAAGUGAAAGAAAUGCUUGAAGAAGCAAAAAAGGAAUUGAAAGAGGCACAGGCGAAAUCAAGGAAUUCAGCCAGUUAUUACGGUAGUGAUUUAAUUUUACUGGGGAUUUCUGUUGUCAUGGUGACAUUGACAUGUGUUUGUGGUAUUUUAAUAAGUGAUUAA